AUUAUUUUUUUACGAACGUAAGCUGGUGACAGUAUCCCUCAAACGUCAAAUUAAAUCGUUAAACGAUGUCCAUGAGGCUGCCUCCCAGAAAAUAUGCGAGCCGUGAGAAAGGGCAGCAAUCCCCAGAAAGUGUGUCGCUGCUCCACGGAGGAGCUGUUCGGACUGUAGGACGGAGAGGGAGCUAGAGUCUCUUCUCCAGCUCCAGCUGCCAUCCUACUCCAGCUGCUACUCCUCCUCCUCCUUCACCACAACCACUUCUCUUUCUCAUCACAUCCAGAGCACACUGGAGAUGUGACGAUUAGGAAGGGAUCAGUGACUUUUAGCUGCCUGUGCAUUGACACGACCUCUUGACCUCAUCUUCAGCAUGAAUGGUGAUAUGCCUCAUGUUCCCAUCACUACUCUUGCUGGAAUUGCUAGCUUAACAGACUUGUUGAACCAGCUGCCUUUGCCUUCUCCUCUUCCGGCCACCACUGCUAAGAGUCUGCUCUACAAUGGAAGGAUCUCUGAAGAGGUCAGCAGCCUGCUGGUGUGUCGAGAUGAGACUCUGGUGACUCAGCUGGCACAUAGCCUUAACCAAGUCUCCACUGAACACAUAGAGCUGAAGGACCACCUGGGAAAUGAUGAACCUGAGGGUGACAUGCCAGUUCUUCUUCAAACUUUACUGUCCAGAAACCCCAGAAUCUUCCGGGAUAAAAGUGCAUUACAGCAGCCACUGAUACAGCAGUAUAAGAUUUCUCAGAAUCAAGUUCAUGGAAGUCCAGCAUCAAACUAUCAGCAAGCCACUGUUGCUCAAAGCCCCUCUGGAUGCUUUACAUCCCCUCAGUGUGGGACAGCUACUCAGUUCGUACCUCAGCAGAACAGUCCUUUGCCGAGUCCUUACACCCCUCAGAGCCCCGCCGACUACUUACAGUACAAUCCACCCAGUUAUCCUCACCAUCAGCAGACUCAACAAGUUGUUAGUGGUGUGAGAAAUCUGCAUGACAAUAAGGUUUCUGGACAGCCCUCAAGCAAAUCAUCUAAUCACAACUCAAGGCUCGGCCUGGAUGAAGACUACAUAAACACCGCUAACAAACUUGGAAAUGAGGAAAAUGACUCUUCCAUGAAGGUUGCCGUAAUUCCUGUGAAAUCAUCACAUUCUGCGUGUUCCCCUGCUGGGGGUGAAGAGACAGCAAAAAAGUCCAGGCCAUCUCUUAUCAUGCAGUCACCUCCACUUGAAGUGCCACAAGGUGCAUCACCGGACCUGCUUCUCACAACUCCCGACCGCAAAAAGAAACAGAGAGACAGGAGUAAAGAAGAAAAUGAGCACGUGGACAAAAAUGUCUUCUACGACAUUGUUAGUUCUCCAUCUAAGGACUCUGCUAAGCUGACUUUAAAACUUUCCCGAGUGAAGAUUCCAGACACGAAUAUAACUGAAGAGCUCCAUCCACAAUCAGAUAUGGACUUAAACCCCCAAACAGUUUUGUUGAACAAUAACAAUCAGUUGUCUAGUACACGUCAAGACUUUUUGCGCAAGUCUGAAGUCGAGGAGCAAACUAACGCUCAACAGGUCGGCUUGCAUUCAGAUGCUAAGGAAACGGAAAUCAUCAGUGUGUUUGAGGACUCUGAGAUUGACACACUUACAGAAAUUGACAGAUUAGAACGUGAAUCAGCCAGUGAGAGAGAACGAUGCCCUAAAGAGGUCCAAGACAAAGAUAAGCCACUUAAAAAACGGAAACAAGACACAUUUCCUCAGGAGCCUGAAGUUGAGACAAGUGAGGGACCUACUGUACUCGGGGCCAAAAAUGUCAAUAAGCUGACACCCAAGAAGUCGAGUGUUGGAAGUAACGGCGCCAGUCGGCCUGCCUUGAUGGUCAGUAUCGAUCUACAGCAUGCUGGCAGAGUCAUAGGACAACCUGUAGUUGUCUUGGAAUCACGGCCAUUGUCUGAAGGUCACAUACGUCAAAUGAAGAAAAAUGCUGAAGGAAAGGUCAGUAAAGUCACAGAAAACACACCUGGGAUCAUAAAACAGCUCCCUGACACCUCCCAGGAAACCCAUAAGCAGAAACAGGAAAGCCGUCGUGAAUCAAAACACAAACACGACGCCAGAACUGACAGUGACAAGGGACUCUCGGCGGACAGGCGGUCAGACACUACACGGAAGAGACACGACAGACUUCAAGACUCACGCCACAAAGACAGCAAGAACAACAACAGUCACCGCUCUGUUCUCACCCACCCUGAAACCCCAAAGUCUGAAAGCAAGUUAGACAGCAACUCCAGACAUGAGGAAGACACUGGCGGAGACAGAGAAGUAGAUGUUGAGAUGGACACAGAUAGACAGAAGGACAGAGGUGGAGUCAAAACCAAAAUCAGAGAUCGAGACAAAGUUAGAAAUAAAGACAGAACCAGAGAAAGCGACAGGGAGAAAGACAGGGAUGCUGGUAAAGAAAAAGACAUGUUUAAAGACAACGACGCAGAUAAAGUUGAAGACAGUGGUGUAAACAAAGACAGGGACAUUCUCAAAGAAAAAGAUAUGUGUAAGGACAAAGACUCAGACAAAGAUAAGUGUAAACACCAUGAUAUAAACAAAGACAGGGACACUGUCAAAGAAAAAGAUAAGUGUAGGGACAAAAACAAGUGUAAGAACAAAGACUCGGACAAAGAUAAGGGUAAAGACAGUGAUUUAAACAAAUACAGGGACACUGUCAAAGAAAAAGACAAGUGUAAGGACAAAGACUCGGACAAAGAUAAGGGUAAAGACAGUGAUUUAAACAAAUACAGGGACACUGUCAAAGAAAAAGACAAGUGUAAGGACAAAGACUCGGACAAAGAUAAGGGUAAAGACAGUGAUUUAAACAAAUACAGGGACACUGUAAAAGAAAAAGACAAAUGUAAGGACAAAGACUCGGACAAAGAUAAGGGUAAAGACAGUGAUUUAAACAAAUAUAGGGACACUGUAAAAGAAAAAGACAAAUGUAAGGACAAAGACUCAGACAAGGAUAAGGGUAAAGACAGUGAUUUAAUCAAAUACAGGGACACUGUCAAAGAAAAAGACAAGUGUAAGGACAAAAACUUGAACAAAGAUAGAAGUAAAGACGGUAGUAUAAACAGAGGCAGGGACACUGUCAAAGAAAAAGAUAAGUGUAAGGACAAAGACUUGGACAAAGAUCGAGUUAAAGACUGUGGUAUAAACAAAGACAGGGACAACGUUAAAAACAAAGACAAGUGUAAGGACAAAGACUUGGACAAAGAUCGAGUUAAAGACUGUGGAAUAAACAAAGACAGGGACACUGUUAAAAACAAAGACAAGUGUAAGGACAAAGACAAUAACACAGACAGAGAUAAAGUCAAAUCCAGGUGUAGAGACAAAGACAGAGAUAAAUCCAGGUAUAAAAACACAGACAAAGACCAAGGUAAAGACAUGGACAGAAGGAAAAGUAAAGACAAGAAAAGAGAAAAGGUUUUGGACAGAGACAAAGAUCUGAAAACAGACAAGAAUGACACGAACGGGGAUAAAGACAAACACAGGAACAAAGAAAAAGAUAAAAACACAGAUGGAGAAAAAGAAAAGGGGGACACAAACAAAGACCGGGACAGAAAACAGAGGACAUUGUCAAGAGAAAACGGCAGCAGAAACCCCCUCGAUCAGGACACUAAACCUGAAAGUCCCAGGAUGAAGCAAGAUGGAGGCAGAAAAUCAGCAGAUCUCAGCGGCCGACAGGGGACGGGCCUUUCCAGUCUUCAGAACCCCCAAAACAAGAACCAUAAAACAAGUGGGGGGGGCAACACUAGCUGCAUAGCUGGAAACAAGCGUCCAACCUCCGAGACGAAGACUGGCGAGCUCCCCUCGUUCCUGUUGGGUGGAAACACAGGAAGCCUCAAGAACUUUGUGAUUCCUAAACUGAGCAGAGAUGGAACAGAUAAAAGCAUCAAAAGCAAACUGUUGAGGGGGUUGGCCGAACCCUGCGUGAGGUUGGAGAGAGUGUCUCUGGUGGAGACGCUGAACAAAAAAACUAAACCAGUCGUGGUGCUGAAGAGACUCAGCAUCGAAGACGUCAAAAGGAUGAUUAAAGAAAACCGAGAGGCAUGCCGCUACAGAUCCAAGAACAUGUCCUCGGCAAGAGGGACGUUUUGUGAGAGAGCAAACAAGCGAAGGCACAGCAUGAUUAGUCAGAGAUCCAGAUAUGCUGAAGAGGACUCGGAGGAUGGGGAUGACAAAACGUCUGAUUCUGACGACGAAUCUGCAAGAAAAAGAAAAAAGAGGGAUCGCGACAAGACAUGGAAGUUUGAGGAGAAGAAGGGUUCCAGGGAUCACAAGCGAAGUGGGGUUUCUAACUCUCGCCGUAAUCGGGAUUGGCGCUCAGAUGACUCUGAUAAUGACAGUCCACCGCCAAACCUGAGUGAUGUUGCAAUAAAAAUGAAGAAAAAGGAGAAACAGAAGAACAGGAUGGCGUACCAGUCCAAAAUGUCAUUAGAAGAAAUGAUGGACUCAUCUCCAUUUAAGAGAUUUACUUCCAGCAUGGACACCAUUCUCGAAAGCCUCGAGGACGUGGACCUCACUGAAGCAGAUGAUGAUGAGAUACCUCAAGAGAUCUUACUUGGAAAGCAGCAACUGAAUGAGCUGGGCAGCGAUUCUACUAAGAUUAAAGCAAUGGGAAUCUUCAACAAGAUUUCAUCCAGUAAACUGGUGAAAAUUCUGAAUAUUCUGGAAAAAAACAUUCAGGACAGCGUCACCCUUUCCACCUUGAUCAACCAUGAUAAUGACUCCAUGGACGAGGAGCGUUUGUGGCGUGAUCUCAUCAUGGAGCGUGUGACCAAGUCGGCCGAUGCCUGUGUGACGGCGCUCAACAUAAUGACGUCUCCACACAUGCCCAAAGUGGUUUACAUAGAGGAUGUGAUUGAGAGGGUGCUGCAGUUCACCAAGUUUCACCUGCUGAACUCUGUGUACCCUCAGUAUGACUCUUCCUACAGGGGGGAUCGCCACGGAGGUGGCACAUCAAAGUCCAAGAGAGCGAAGUCUUCUGCCCACAAACAGAAAGUGGUCGUGGUGCUCUACAACAAAGUGUGUGAUAUCAUCAGCAGCAUCUCCGAGCUCCUAGAAAUCCAGCUGCUCACCGACACCACAAUCCUCCAGGUGUCUAACCUUGGUACUACACCCUUUUUUGUGGAGAAUGUCAGUGAACUGCAGUUAUGUGCUAUCACACUUGUCACUGCAGUCUUCAGUCGUUACGAGAAGCACAGACAGCUCAUUCUUGAGGACAUUUUCACCUCCCUGGCUAAGCUUCCUACAAGUAAACGCAAUCUCAGGAACUUUAGGCUGAACAGCAUUGACUCAGACGGAGAGCCGUUGUAUAUCCAGAUGGUGUCGGCCCUCGUCCUUCAGCUCAUCCAGUGCAUCGUUCACUUUCCCUCUGAGAAAGAGGCCGAGGAGGGGCAGAACAAAAAGCUUGAUAGAGACGCUCUCAUUACAAACACCUAUGAAACCGCCAUGAGGACAGCUCAGAACUUUCUCUCAGUGUUUCUGAAGAAAUGUGGGAGUAAACAGGGAGAGGAGGACUACAGGCCUCUGUUUGAGAACUUUGUUCAUGACCUGCUGUCUGCUGUCAGUAAGCCUGAGUGGCCUGCAGCUGAACUGCUGCUCAGUUUGCUGGGCCGCCUGCUGGUUCACCAGUUCAGUAACAAGCAGACAGAAAUGGCGCUCAGGGUGGCAUCGCUGGACUACCUCGGCACGGUCGCCUCACGCCUGCGUAAAGAUGCUCUUACUAGCAAGAUGAACCAAAGAGCUAUUGAUCGCAUUCUUAAAGAGAGUCCAGGUAGCGAUGAGGUACAGCAACUCCAAAAAGCUUUGUUGGACUUCCUGGAUGAAAACAUUGAUACAGAACCAGAUUUACUGUUCGCCAGGAACUUUUAUAUUGCCCAGUGGUACAGGGACACUACAGUCGAGGUAGAAAAAGCGAUAAAGUCUCAAAAUGAAUACGACGAGGACCCUAAAGGUCGGCGACAUUUCAAGGAUGUUGACUCAAGUGAGGAAAUCGUGCAGAUGGCCGAGAUCCGGAAGAAGUUCCUCCGCAAGAUCAUUAAGACGACACCGACGGAUUUCAGUUCUGUGAGGGUGAACUCUGACACCAUAGACUAUGAAGACUCGUGUCUAGUUGUCAGAUAUCUGGCCUCUAUGAGGCCGUUUGCGCAGAGCUUUGACAUUUAUUUAUCACAGAUUCUGAGAGUCCUGGGGGAGAGCGCCAUUGCAGUGAGAACUAAAGCCAUGAAGUGUCUGUCAGAGGUCGUGGCUGUGGAUCCAAGUAUUCUAGCACGACUGGAUAUGCAGCGUGGGGUGCAUUGCCGCCUCAUGGACAACUCCUCAAGCGUCCGAGAGGCAGCUGUGGAGCUUCUCGGCCGCUUUGUCCUUAGUCGACCUGAGCUCAUCGAACAGUAUUAUGACAUGCUCAUUGAAAGGAUACUGGACACGGGUAUCAGUGUGAGAAAAAGAGUCAUUAAGAUUCUGAGGGACAUCUGUUUGGAGCAGCCAGACUUCCACAAGAUUACCGAGAUGUGUGUCAAAAUGAUCCGAAGGGUCAAUGACGAAGAAGGGAUCAAGAAACUGGUGAAUGAAACGUUCCAGAAACUCUGGUUCUCCCCCACACCCGGUCACGACAGAGACGCCAUGACCAGAAAGGUCCUGAACGUCACAGAUGUGGUGUUGGCAUGCAGAGAUUCUGGUUACGACUGGUUUGAGCAGCUUCUGCAAAAUCUUCUGAAAUCAGAGGAGAACGCUUCAUACAAACCUACCAAGAAAGCCUGUGUCCAGCUGGUGGACAAUUUAGUGGAACAUAUACUUAAAUACGAGGAGUCCAUUGCAGACUGUGAGGACAAAGGGGUCAAUUCGAGCCGUUUGGUGGCGUGCAUCACCACUCUCUACCUGAUCACUAAAAUCAGAUCACAGUUUAUGGUCAAACACACCAUGACAUUGCAGCCCUACCUGACCAACAAAUGCAUUACCCAGAAUGAUGUCAUGGUGAUCUGUAAUGUUGCCAAAAUCCUAGAGCUUGUUAUUCCUCUGAUGGAAAACCCAAGUGAGACUUUCCUCACCACCACAGAGGAAGACCUGAUGAAGCUCAUCAUGAAAUACGGCAUGAUGGUUGUGCAACACUGUGUGAGUUGUCUCGGCGCCAUUGUGAACAAGGUCACACACAACUACAAGUUUGUUUGGGCUUGUUUUAACCGGUACUAUGGAGCUCUGGCUAAACUCAAGACGCAGCAUCAGGAGGACUCCAGCUGCUCCACUCUGGCUACUAGCAAACCCACCCUGCUGCGCUCCUUGUUCACCGUGGGGGCUCUCUGUCGACACUUUGACUUUGACCAAGAAGAAUUUAAGGGUUCUAACAAGAUUGUCAUUAAGGACAAAGUAUUGGAGCUUCUGCUGUAUUUCACCUCUCAUGAAGAUGAGGAAGUCCAGAUCAAGGCCAUUAUAGGGCUAGGCUUCCAGUUCAUCAUGCACCCAGAGCUCAUGUUUGUGCAGGAUGUGAAGGUUCUGUAUAACAAUAUCCUGUCAGAUGAGAGCAGUACAGUCAAUCUGAAGAUCCAGGUGCUCAAAAACCUGCAGACAUACCUGCAGGAGGAGGACUCUCGAAUGCAAGAAGCAGAUCGAGAAUGGAAGAACCAAGCCAAACAGGAAGAUCUGAAGGAAAUGGGGGACAUCUCAUCGGGCAUGAGCAGCUCCAUCAUGCAGAUUUACCUAAAGCAGGUGUUGGAGUCCUUUUUCCACUCUCAGUCUACGGUGCGGCAUUACUCGCUGAAUGUCAUUACGCUGACUCUCAGCCAGGGCCUCAUCCACCCUGUACAGUGUGUACCGUACUUGAUUGCGAUUGGAACAGACCCAGAGCCAGCCAUGAAGAACAAAGCAGACCAACAACUAGUGGAGAUUGACAAGAAAUAUUCAGGUUUCAUCCAUAUGAAGGCUGUUGCAGGGUUGAAGAUGUCCUAUCAGGUGCAGCAGGCCAUAAACGAAUCCAAAAAAGUGGUGAUCCGAGGUUUUCGUCACGAUGACUCAGACUCGGCUCUCUGCUCCCACCUCUACACCAUGGUCCGGGGAAACCGACAGCACAGACGGGCGUUCCUCAUCUCUCUGCUCAACCUGUUUGAUGACAGCUCUAAAAUCGAGGUGAACAUGCUGCUCUUUGUAGCCGACAACUUGGCCUGCUUCCCUUACCAAACCCAGGAAGAGCCUCUUUUCAUCAUGCACCACGUAGACAUCACUCUAUCCAUCUCUGGCAGCAACCUGCUCCAGUCUUUCAAGGAGAAUUUACGGAAGGAGCCUAUAAGGCAUGAAAAGAAAGUGAAGACUAAAAAGAGGAAGAAGAAGCACUCUCACCACAGAAGAAACAGUUCCGACGGGGAUGAUGAGGAUGAAGAGCGCAGCAGCAGUAGCAGUAGCAGCAGCUCAUCCAGCAGCAGCGAUGAGGAAGAUGAAGAGAUCCACAGACGGAAGAAGCCUGGAGUCGCUGAGUCGGACUCGGACUUGGAAGAUGAGGACGCGGUUAUGGACCGUUUGCCUGAAAACGCAGCCCCGCUGAUGGAAUUUGCCAACGCUUCGCAGGGUGUUCUGCUUCUGCUGGUGCUCAAACAGCAUCUGAAAAACCUUUAUGGCUUCUCAGACAGCAAAAUCCAGAAAUAUUCUCCUACUGAGUCCGCUAAGGUGUAUGACAAGGCAGUGAACAGGAAAUCAAAGGUGCACUUCAACCCUCGUCAGACUCUCAAUUAUCUGACAAGUGAUUCGGCCAACACCGAACUCAGCCAUGAGACAAAAAAGAAUAUCGUCAAACAAUUUCUGGACUUUAAGGUAUUGAUGGAGCACUUGGAUCGCGAGGAAGAAGAUGAGGAAGGUGGCGAAGCAAAUGCCAACGCGAGAAACAAAGCCAUCAAUUCGCUGCUGAAGGGCCCAAAACCCCAGAACCAGAACCAGAACCACAGUAAUCACACUGCUCCGCUGGAAACAGACGACGAGGAGAGUGAGGAGGAAGAGCCUCCCGCGCAAAAGUCAAGGAAAGGCAAGGACUCAGCUGAGGAUUCGGGUCACAUGACAGAGACAGUGGAAUUAAUGGACGUCGUUGCCAUCUGCUGUCCCAAAUACAAAGACAGACCGCAGAUCGCCCAGGUCGUUCAGAAGACCAGAAGUGGCUACAGCAUACACUGGAUGACCGGUUCGUACUCUGGACCGUGGGCUGUGGCAAAGAAACGGGACGGUCGCAAAAAGGUGCCUUGGGUGGAUAAUAUUAAGGAGUCAGACAUUAUUUACAAGAAGAUCCCCUUGACAAGUGGACAAAGGCUCUCAAACAAAGUGGCACAGACGUUACGGGCGCUGUACGCUGCCAAGGAGGGGACUAAGAGUUAAUAACUCUAAAAGACAGCCGUCACGGUCCACAGCCAUGGGUCUGUUAUGUUACCCACAGAGAAAGAAAGUUAACACGUUUAGAUUUUAAAGUUCUGGUGAAGGAAUUAUAUUGCAAAAGCAUAACUUUCUAAAUAUGGGUGUGUGUAAGUUAAACAGGAAAAAGCAGAGAAGGAUAUGUUUGUGAAAACAUUGUGUGGGAGUUCCUUCGCUGUUGUGCAGCAACUUGGAUGUUUGAUUUUUACUCCCACUGUAUUAUAGUUGACCUUUAAACAUGUUUAUAUCUGAAUAUAAUUCUGUAAAAAAAUAAAAGUGAAUGUUGGAAACUAGUGUAUUGACAAUGUUCUUAAUAAAGUGUUUUUUGGAAUUCUAACUACCACCAGAUUAAUUUGUUUGUUUGACUUUGAGCUCUGAAGACUUUUAAACUCCUUGUUUUACACGUUUAGAUGUAUGUUCCACCUGUGUUAAAAUAUCAUUGGUAUAACUGGUUAUGUUUAAAGCUGUGUAGUAUAUGUGCCUGUAGGGAUUUAAAUAUAAUUGGGAUUUUUAUGUUACACAACUGGGAAACAGUGACAUUAUCACACUAGCACUUCUAGUUUGUUUUUUACACCAUUGUUACUUUUUGUCUUUUUCUCUGUGUUUUGUUGAAAAGUCACUUGUGCUCGACGGAUCCAGACGCUUUCUGGUUUUGAUUUAUUUCAGGCACUCCGAUGGACGCUUUUCAAUCUGUGAGAGGAAUACCAAAACACCUUCACUUCUAAAUGAGUAUCAGUUGACACUUGAUGAUUACUGAGAUGUUUUUGACAUAGUUUUUUUAAAUAAAAUAAAGGACUUCCAGUUCCAGA